ACAAUACAUAUUACAUAUACAUCCUUCCACUCUCUUCUUCUUAAAUUCUUCAUUUUUCUCAACCCCCAACUCACACACACACAACAGAACUAACCCACCACCAUUCUCAUUAUCCUUUCUUCAUCUUCUUCUUUCUUUGCAUGAACUCUUACAUUUCUGUUCAAACUCCACAGAAAAUGAAGUACAUAAGAACCAACAGCCUCAAACGCCUCUUCUCUCUAAAGCGACGUAGUUUAGGAGACGAUUCUCCAAACCCAGAUGCUUCUCAUAACACAGAUUGUAUUGUUUCUCAUCAUUCUCCAAGACCCUUUUGGAAAUGCUUCUCUUUUCAACAAGUUUUUGAAGCCACUGAUGGAUUCAGCUCAGAGAACUUAGUUGGAAAAGGAGGGUAUGCAGAAGUUUAUAGAGGCAUUUUAAAUGAUGGUGAAGAAAUUGCUGUGAAAAGACUUACAAAAACCUCCAUUGAUGAAAGGAAAGAGAAGGAGUUUCUUACAGAAAUUGGGACAAUAGGACAUGUUCAACAUCCGAAUGUUUUGUCUCUCUUAGGUUGUUGUAUUGACAAUGGUCUUUAUCUCAUUUUCCAUUUCUCUUCAAGAGGUUCUGUGGCUUCUCUUCUUCAUGAUGAUAAUUUGUGUCCAAUUGAUUGGAAAACAAGGUUCAAGAUAGCAAUUGGAACAGCCAGAGGACUUCAUUAUUUACACAAAGAUUGUCAGAGAAGGAUUAUCCAUAGAGAUAUUAAGUCUUCAAAUAUUCUCUUGACUGCAGAUUUUGAACCUCUGAUUUCAGAUUUUGGGUUAGCUAAAUGGCUCCCAAAUCAAUGGUCUCAUCAUUCCAUUGCUCCAAUUGAAGGGACUUUUGGGCACUUGGCUCCAGAAUACUAUAUGCAUGGGAUUGUAGAUGAGAAAACAGACGUUUUUGCUUUUGGAGUGUUUCUUUUAGAAGUAAUCUCAGGAAGAAAGCCUGUUGAUGGGUCUCACCAAAGCUUACACAGCUGGGCCAAACCGAUUUUGAACCGGGGAGAGUAUGAGAAGCUGGUAGAUCCACGACUGGGGUCCGCCUACGACGUUACACAGUUGAAAAGAUUUUCCCUCGCUGCUUCAUUAUGCAUUCGGGAGUCUUCGUUAUGGCGACCCACCAUGACUGAGGUACUCGACAUUAUGGAGGAUCGGUAUGUAGAUACCGAGAGGUGGAAAAUGCCAGAGGAAGAAGCAGAAGAGAAGGAUGAAUUCUGGGGAUUUGAGGACUUGGAAUAUGAAUGGGACAGUUCUUUCUCUAUUCAAUCCCCAUAAUUCAAUGUAGGCCAGAAUUGAAAGUGUUGAAGUUUGAUUAAACAAUGUCCAAACCACACAAUAGAGACAGUAAAUUGUGUACAUAUGAAGGUAGAUUGAACUACUAAUAAUGCAUAUCUUCUAUUUAUUAAAAAAUGAAAAGAAAAAAAAAAUAGAGCACCUGCCAUCGUUGCCAA